AUGGCAGCUAUAGACAGCGUGAGACUGAAGCUCAAACAAAUAAAAGCCAAGAUUAAUAGUGGAGAUGUGGAUAAGUCAGAAUUGAAAAAGCUAAAACGUCAGAGAAAGGAACUGAAGGCCAAAUUGGCAGCAUCUAAGUCGCUGAAUGAUGCCACAGUGUCUGUGACAACACAGAGUGAUGAUGUUGAAGAUGAUGAUGAUGAUCAGAUGGAAGAGGAUCAGGCAGAAGAGGAUGCUGAGGGUGGUGAAGCCCCUAGUGGAGAUGAACAAGGUGUAGAUGACCAAAUGGAGGGGGAGGUGCAGAGUUUUACAGAUACCUCAUUUGCAUCUCUCGAGGGAAAAGUCAGCGAAAUGACCCUGAAUGGUGUUGCAGACAUGGGUUUCACCCACAUGACGGAAAUCCAGCACAAGUCUAUACCAUAUUUGCUGGAAGGCAGAGAUCUCAUGGGAGCAGCCAAAACAGGCAGCGGGAAAACAUUAGCUUUUCUGAUCCCAGCUGUGGAGCUUGUGUACAAGUGUCACUUCAUGCCACGCAAUGGGACAGGUGUUAUUAUCAUCUCUCCAACAAGGGAACUGUCCAUGCAGACUUUUGGAGUUUUGAAAGAAUUGCUGAAAUACCAUCAUCACACAUACGGACUGGUCAUGGGAGGCACCAAUCGUGCAGAUGAAGCCAAGAAACUCUCCAAGGGCAUCAACAUUUUAGUGGCCACACCAGGCCGCUUGCUUGACCAUCUACAGAAUACAAAAGACUUCCUCUACAAAAACCUCCAGUGUCUGAUUAUAGAUGAGGCAGACAGAAUCCUGGAUAUGGGCUUUGAGGAGGAGAUGAAGCAGAUUAUUCAGCUGCUGCCUAAAAAGCGACAGACCAUGCUGUUUUCUGCCACACCAACACGGAAAACCGAGGAUUUGGCCAGGAUUUCUUUAAAAAAGGAGCCAUUUUAUGUGGGAGUUGAUGACAAAAAGGAUAAGGCAACAGUGGAAGGUUUAGAGCAGGGUUAUGUUGUGUGUGAACCAGACAAGCGGUUUCUUCUGCUCUUCACAUUCCUGAAGAAGAACAAGAAGAAGAAGAUCAUGGUGUUUCUAUCCUCAUGUAUGGCGGUCCGGUUCUACAGCGAGCUGCUCAACUACAUUGACCUCUCUGUUAUGUGCAUACAUGGCAAGCAGAAACAGACAAAGAGAACACAGACAUUCUUCCAGUUCUGCAACGCUGACAGCGGCAUCCUGCUAUGUACGGAUGUGGCUGCUCGAGGCCUGGACAUCCCUCAGGUGGAUUGGAUUAUCCAGUAUGAUCCUCCAGACGAUCCCAAGGAAUACAUCCACAGAGUUGGCAGAACAGCUAGAGGAGAGGGUGCACACGGCAAUGCUUUGCUUUUCUUGAACCCUCAGGAAUUGGCUUUCUUGAGGUUCCUGCGACAGGCGAAAGUUCAGGUCAACGAGUUCCAGUUUCAGUGGAGCAAGGUGGCCAACAUACAGCCACAGCUGGAGAAGUUGAUCAGCAAGAACUAUUACCUGCACAAGACAGCGCAGGAAGGCUUCAAAGCUUAUGUUCGGGCGUACGCUUCCCACAAACAGAAGGCUAUCUUUGAUGUGACCAAACUGGACGUGACCAAGGUGGCAAAAUCUUUUGGGUUUGCUGUUGCCCCAUAUGUGGAUUUACAAGUCUACAGCAGCAAAGGCCCGCAGGCUCGUCCUGGUCGAUACAAUCAGGCAGGAACUGGAUACAAGAAUAACAAACAGAUGAAAAAGUCCAGAAUCUUCAAAAAUGUCAAGUCCAGAUGA